CACCUUGCAGAAGCCGCCGGCCCACAGGACAGAGGGUGGAACAGACCGCCGACGCCGUCACGACUCGGGACUCCUCGCCUCCCCUCUCCGCCGCUCCGUCUCGCCGGAAAUCACCCGGAGAGCCCUCCCGCCGCAACGCGACGCCCAAAUCGCCUCGAUCCAACCGCGGACUCGGCGGCCCAUCGAUCGCUCCCGCGCCGUGCCUCUCCGGUAGGUCAGAUUUCUUCGCACGCCGGGAACGCCCCCUAUGUUCCCCGCGCAUCCUCUUGGGUAGGUCAGAAUUGGCCGCCCGUCGAUCGUCCCCCCGCGCCGCGAACAAGUGCUUCCCGGCCGCCAUGAGGGUCAAUUUGGAGCUCCUCAUGCCCUUGAUGGCGCAGUACACAGCUCCCACAUGGGCCACGCUGGUUGCUGGAUUCUUUGUGCUGCUUGCCUUGUCCCUCUCCAUGUACCUGAUAUUUGAGCAUCUCUCGGCGUACAACAACCCAGAGGAACAGAAAUUUGUUCUCGGUGUUAUCUUGAUGGUACCUUGCUAUGCAAUUGAGUCGUAUGUUUCUUUGAUAGAUCCAAAUACCAAUGUUUACUGUGGAAUCUUGCGCGAUGGUUAUGAGGCAUUUGCUAUGUACUGCUUUGGAAGAUAUAUUACUGCAUGUUUAGGUGGGGAAGAUAAAACAAUUGCUUUUUUGAAGAGGGAAGGCGGCUCGGGUUCUGGACAACCCCUUCUGCAUGAUGCCCCUGAGAAAGCAAUCAUACACCAUCAUUUUCCUGUGAAUUUAAUAUUGAAACCCUGGCGAAUGGGCACACGGUUUUACCAGAUUAUCAAAUUCGGAAUCUUCCAAUAUGUUAUUAUAAAGACACUCACAGCCAGCUUAUCUCUUUUUCUAGAAGCUUUCGGUGUAUAUUGUGAGGGUGAAUUCAAUUUGCGUUGUGGAUACCCUUACUUUGCUGCAGUCCUGAAUUUCAGUCAAUUUUGGGCCCUGUACUGUUUAGUAGAAUGGUACACAGCUACCAAGGACGAAUUGGCACAUAUAAAGCCUCUGGCUAAGUUUCUUUCAUUCAAAUCAAUAGUAUUCUUGACUUGGUGGCAAGGGGUGGUGAUUGCAAUAAUGUAUGCUUUGGGCAUGCUUAGAAGUCCUUUAGCUCAGAGCUUGGAGUUAAAAUCAAGUAUUCAAGAUUUCAUUAUUUGCAUAGAGAUGGGCAUUGCUUCAGUUGUUCACCUCUAUGUGUUCCCUGCUAAGCCCUAUGAGCUCUUAGCUAACCAGUCACCUGGAAACAUUUCGGUCCUUGGAGAUUAUGUAUCUUCUGAGCCUGUAGAUCCUUACGAAAUCAGGGAAAGCAACCGGCCCAGCAAAAUGAAGCUUCCACAGUUCGAACCAGAUGAGAGAAGUGCAACAAACAUAAAGGAGAGUGUUCGAGACUUCGUUAUCGGCAGUGGGGAAUAUGUGAUCAAGGAUUUUAAGUUCACUGUUAACCAAGCAGUGCGGCCAGUGGAGAAGCGGUUUGACAAACUGAUGAAAAAGAAAGACAAGUAUAAGAAAAGCCAGGAUGACAAUUGGGUGAGUGCGAAAUCACCAGAGCGACCGGUUCGUGGUAUUGAUGAUCCGCUAUUAAGCGGGAGCACAAGUGACAGUGGGGUCAUGAAGGGCAAAAAACAUCGCAGAGAUUUCAGCUCAGUGGCUGCUGUGGACAGUUGGGGAGGUGGUGAUAAGACGCCUGAUGGCUAUGAGAUAAGAGGGCGUCGCUGGGCAGUAAAGAGUUAAGGAUUUAACUAUAUGCAGGAUUGGUAUAUUUUAAACCAAACUGCAUGAGAAAAAUGAAAUGGCCCUUUGUUACAGCAGUUGCCGUAACCUUCUGCAACACUGGCCAAUUUUGUUGCCUAUGCAAGUUCACGUGAUGCUGCGUUGUAAAUAGCUGUAACCCUCGAACCCUGAUACGGUAGUCUGUGUGCAUAUCCUGUUAUUCCCCCCUGCUAAAAAUUGGUACAAGGAAUUGAUUAUUACAAUGUCAGUUCUUGUUAGGGGAUUGUGAAGAAAUUUUUCCUUAAAAACAGAAGCCCAUAUUUUGACACUUGUUUGUACAUUCAUACUUCAUGACUGUAAAGAGCUGGGGGUGUUAUAUUCUCAUGAAUAUCAGAUUAACAAAAUGACAUGUUGAUAAUGUGAUUA